GGCUUGUUGUUCAGUACACAAAUGACAAUGGGAUCACCUGGCAUUUGCUGCGAGAGCUGGACUUCAUGUCAUACCUGGAACCCCAAGUUGUUUCAAUAGACUUACCUCGGGAGGCCAAAACUCCUGCCACCGCUUUCCGCUGGUGGCAGCCACAACAUGGGAAGCAUUCAGCUCAGUGGGCUUUGGAUGAUGUGCUUAUAGGGAUGAAUGACAGCUCUCAAACUGGCUUCCAGGAUAAAUUUGAUGGAACUGUGGAUUUACAAGCAAGCUGGUACAGAAUACAAGGAGGUCAAGUAGACAUUGACUGCCUGUCUAUGGAUACAGCUCUCACGUUCAGUGAAAACAUUGGAAAACCUCGCUACGCUGAGACUUGGGACUUCCAUGUAUCAGCCUCCACUUUCUUGCAGUUUGAGCUGAGCAUGGGUUGCAGCAAGCCAUACAGCAAUUCCCACAGCAUUCACCUGCAGUACUCUUUAAACAACGGGAGAGACUGGCACUUGGUGACAGAGGAGUGUGUCCCUCCCACGAUCGGCUGUCAGCAGUACACCGAGAGCUCCAUCUACACUUCAGAAAGAUUCCAGAACUGGAAGAGAAUUACUGUCUACCUCCCACCCUCAACCAACUCUCCCAGAACAAGGUUCAGAUGGAUUCAGUACAACUAUGCUUCUGGUGUAGAUUCUUGGGCUAUCGAUAAUGUGAUCCUGGCUACAGGGUGCCCCUGGAUGUGCUCAGGUCAUGGCAUCUGUGAUUCAGGUCAUUGCAUGUGUGACAGAGGCUUUGGAGGUCCAUACUGUGUCCCUGUCCUUCCUCUGCCAUCUGUCCUGAAGGAUGAUUUCAAUGGUAACUUACAUCCAGACCUUUGGCCUGAAGUCUAUGGUGCUGAGAGGGGAAACCUGAAUGGUGACACCAUCAAGUCUGGAACAGCUCUCAUUUUCAAAGGGGAAGGACUGAGAAUGCUUGUUUCAAGAGAUCUAGAUUGCACUAAUACCGUGUACAUUCAGUUUUCAUUUAAAUUUAUUGCCAAAGGCACCCCUGAGAGGUCUCAUUCCAUCCUGCUGCAAUAUUCUGUCAACGGUGGCAUCACUUGGCACCUGAUAGAUGAGUUUUACUUCACACAGACUACAGAUGUUCUCUUUAUUAACGUUCCUCUGCCCUAUGCGGCCCAAAGCAACGCGACACGGUUCAGGCUCUGGCAACCUUACAACAAUGGCAAAAAAGAAGAAAUCUGGAUUAUUGAUGAUUUCAUUAUUGAUGGAAAUAACCUAAAGAAUCCCAUUAUCCUUUUGGAUACCUUUGACUUCGGUCCUAAAGAGGACAACUGGUUUUUCUAUCCUGGUGGAAACAUUGGGCUUUAUUGCCCAUAUUCAUCUAAAAGAGCUCCGUUGGCAAGAUUCCGGUGGUACCAAGGAUUUUACCCUGCUGGAUCCCAACCUGUGACUUGGGCCAUCGACAACGUGUACAUCGGCCCCCAGUGUGAGGAGAUGUGCAACGGGCACGGCAGCUGCAUCAACGGCACAAAGUGCAUCUGUGACCCUGGCUACUCUGGGCCAACCUGCAAAAUAAGUACCAAGAACUCUGACUUCCUCAAGGAUGAUUUUGAAGGUCAGCUGGAGUCGGAUAGAUUCCUCCUGGUGAGUGGUGGAAAGCCCUCAAGGAAAUGUGGUAUCAUGUCUGGAGGGAACAACCUGUUCUUUAAUGAAGAAGGCUUACGCAUGCUGAUGACUCGAGACCUUGAUUUGUCACAAGCCAGAUUUGUGCAGUUCUUCAUGAGACUGGGAUGUGGGAAGGGGGUCCCUGACCCCAGGAGCCAGCCCGUGCUGCUGCAGUACUCACUCAACGGGGGCCUCACGUGGAGCCUUCUCCAGGAGUUCCUCUUCAGUAACUCCAGCAACGUGGGACGAUACAUUGCCCUGGAAAUUCCCUUGAAGGCUCGUUCCAGCUCCACUCGGCUCCGCUGGUGGCAACCAUCGGACAAUGGGCAUUUCUACAGCCCCUGGGUGAUCGACCAGAUUCUCAUUGGAGGAAAUAUCUCUGGCAAUACAGUACUGGAAGAUGAUUUCACCACACUGGAUAAUAGAAAGUGGCUGCUCCAUCCUGGUGGCACGAAGAUGCCAGUGUGUGGCUCUACAGGGGAUGCUCUGGUGUUCAUUGAGAAGGCUAGCACACGCUACGUUGUCACCACUGACAUCGUGGUCAAUGAAGACUCUUUCUUGCAAAUAGAUUUUGCAGCAUCCUGCUCUGUCACAGACUCCUGUUAUG